AUGGGGACACGGGCCCCGCAGGGCCUCCUCCUCCUUCUAUUGCUCCGGCUGCUGCUGCCACGCGGGGCCUCAGCUGGGAGCCUGCAUAGCCCAGGCCUGUCCGAGUGCUUCCGGGUGAAUGGCGCAGACUACCGCGGCCACCAGAACCGCACGGGCCCGCGCGGGGCUGGCCGCCCGUGCCUCUACUGGGACCAGACGCAGCAGCACAGCUACAGCAGCGCCAGCGACCCCCACGGCCGCUGGGGGCUGGGCGCGCACAACUUCUGCCGUAACCCAGAUGGUGAUGUGCAGCCAUGGUGCUACGUGGCCGAGACGGAGGAGGGCAUCUACUGGCGCUACUGUGAUAUCCCCACGUGUCAUAUGCCUGGGUACCUGGGCUGCUUCGUGGACUCCGGGGCACCCCCGGCCCUCAGCGGCCCCAGUGGCACCUCAACAAAGCUCACGGUCCAGGUGUGCCUUCGCUUCUGCCGCAUGAAGGGCUACCAGUUGGCGGGCGUGGAGGCUGGCUACGCCUGUUUCUGUGGCUCUGAAAGCGACCUGGCCCGGGGACGCCCGGCUCCGGCCACCGACUGUGACCAGAUCUGCUUUGGCCACCCGGGCCAGCUGUGCGGCGGCGAUGGGCGCCUGGGCAUCUACGAAGUGUCCGUGGGCUCCUGCCAGGGGAACUGGACCGCACCUCAAGGUGUCAUCUACUCCCCGGACUUCCCGGACGAGUACGGGCCGGACCGGAACUGUAGCUGGGCGCUGGGCCCUCCGGGCGCCGCGCUGGAGCUCACCUUCCGCCUCUUCGAGCUGGCGGACCCGCGCGACCAGCUGGAGCUGCGCGACGCCGCCUCGGGCAGCCUGCUCCGCGCCUUCGACGGCGCCCGCCCGCCGCCGCCGGGGCCGUUGCGCCUGCGCUCCGCCGCACUGCUGCUCACCUUCCGCAGCGACGCUCGCGGCCAUGCGCAGGGCUUCGCGCUCACCUACCGCGGGCUGCAGGACGCCGACGACCCUGCGCCCUCCAAGGGCUCGGCCCAGACCCCUGCAGGGCCCCCAGACGGGGCCAACGUGAGCUGCAGCCCCCGGCCUGGGGCUCCAGAGGCCGCGAUUGGGGCCCAGGUCUUCUUGACAGUGACGGCCGCCUCAGUGCUGCUGCUGCUGCUGCUGCUGCUGUCGCUGCUGCGCCUGCUGCGCGGACGGAGCUGCCUGCUGGCUCCGGGUAAAGGGCCCCCAGCGUUGGGGCCUUCCCGGGACCCCGCAAGAAGCUGGGCCGUUUGGUACCGCCGGCCUCGAGGGGUCGCCCUGCCCUGUCCUCCCGGGGACCCCCAGGUUGAGAGUCUAACCGCGAGUUACCGGCCAUUGAGCGCCUCCAGCCAGAGUUCCCUGCGCUCACUCAUCUCUGCUCUCUGACUCGGGACCCCCAGGGUCCACUGGACCCUCCUGCAGCGGGAUAGACUCCUGAGACCCUUUGCCACACACUGUCUACCUUGGCCUUCUGCCCCUUUGAAGUCUGGCAGCUCGGCCUCUAGUCAUCUCAAGGAGGCCAGACGUCGGACAGGAAGCAUCUGGUGCUACUAUUGGGAACUUCACCUGACCCUCGGGGUCCAGAUGGUCAAGGCCAAAGGGCAAGAGGAAUUCGACUUCCCUCAUAGACCUCGAUACCUGGGUCUUUGAGCCCCUCCUGGGGUGGUUCUGGACUGCUGCCCAAAGUGAAAUGUGAGAGGUCAACAAAAGUGGUCAAAAGACCAUAGACU